AUGUCUUCAACUCCGAUGAAGCAAUACUUUCAAUUGGUACCUGGCAAACUAAAAACCUUUUUCAAGAAAUACCCACCGGGCCUCAAGUACAGCGACAAACCUACUUUAACUAAUGCUGCAGAUGCGAACCCAUUUUUGGCCAACAAGCAUCCUGUGACCGGCAGACACCACAAUCCCAAGUACUCGCUAAGACGUAUGAGUGAUUUGUACAAGGUGGCACAUGAAUACGGUAUACAAGAGCUGUUACCACCCAGAAACAAGUUGUUUUUCCAGGAAAAGUACGACCAAAAGAAGUUUAUGAAAGGUGUUUUGCUGCCUAAGGGCCAUAAACACGAACUAGCACAGUCUGAAAAGAUGCGGAAGAUGAAGGCGGCCAUCAAAAAUGCCGAUGACUACAUUGUUGAGGUCAGGGGCCGGAAGUACAUGAAAAAAUUGGAAAAGCGGAAACAAGACAAGAUUCCCAGAUGGUUCUAA